GCGAGCAGCAUGGAGCGGCGGGGUCGCAGCCGGACGGUCCCGGCAGCAGCAGCGCCGCAGCCCAGCCCCGGGGCCCUGACCCGCGCGCGGCCCCGCGCCCUGUAGAGCGGCCCCGGCCAUGGGCUCCCACCCGCCGCGCCAGCUGCUGCUGCAGUUCGCCGCCGGCGCGCUCCAGGCGCAGAACUUGGAGCGGGCGGCCGAGCUCUGCGGGCACCAGCUGCAGGUGGAUGCCCCGAGCCUGGUGCCCGAGUGGCAGGUGCUGCUCAAGCGGGCCGACGCGCUGGCCGGCGGGGGCCGGCUCCACGAAGCCUUCCAGCUCUACCAGCUGGUCUCCCGCCACCAGCAGCUGCGGGCGGAGCAGCUGGAGAAGCUGGUGGAGUGCCUGGCGCAGGGCAUCCGGCUCCGAGAGCGGCUGCCCGCCUGCUGGAGCGGCGGGGGCAGCCUCCUGCAGCCCCGGGACUGGGACAUCUUUAGCUGUCGCAAAUGCCAGGGCUUCCUUUUCGAGCCCGUCUCUUUGCCUUGCGGACACACGUUUUGCAAAAAGUGCCUGGAGCGGGACAGGGCCUCCGAGUCCCACUGCGCCCUGUGCAAGGAAGAGGGGAGCCUGGCGGCCGGGCAGCACCUCCGCGUCAAUGUCAUCCUCAGCAACCUGCUAGCCAAGUGGUUCCCCGGACAAGUGAAGGCAUCGCAGCUCAGGCACGAAGGGAACUUCUUGUAUAAGGAGAAGAAGCUGCAAGCUGCCCUGCAGAAGUACAAUGAAGCAGUCAGCCUAGCUCCAAAUGACCAUUUAUUAUAUAGCAAUCGGUCCCAGAUUAACUCUACUUUGAAAUCUUAUGAAGAUGCAUUGCAUGAUGCAGAAACAGCAUGCAGGCUCCAACCAUAUUGGUCAAAGGGUCACUUAAGGAAAGGACAAGCAUUGGCUAAUGUGGGGAAAAUAGAAGAAUCUUUAAGAGAGUUUCUAUUUUGCCUUGCCCUGGAUUUUGGGAACAGGACAGCCAAAUCAGAGGCUCAAAAGCUUCUACUUAGUUUAUUUUCACCCAUCCCGGGAAAUGCUCAGGAACACUUACCCGAUAUCCUGCAGCUGUUGUCACCUCACUCUAGAUUGAAGGGGAACCUUCUAAAUUCAGUGGGAUCUGCAGACACCAGCCAUAACCUACAAAGGUUGCUCAAGGUAAAUGUGGAACAGAAAAAGAGUUUCCCUGCUCAGGAAGAACAAAAAAUGAGUGACUGUGGCAGUCUGAAAAAAUCCAUUCAAAUGUUAGAAAGUAAAAAAGGCUGCUCAGAAGAUGAGAACAAACAUGCCUCUGCCCCAGAGUCUGCCCUUCUCAUUUCUGAGAAAUGCAGCCUUCUGAAGAGAAAGCACUGCUCUGAGGAAAUGAGAAGUGCUGAGGUGCCCUGCAAACUCAUGAAGAAAGGUGCAAUUGAUACCAAGGGAUCUAGUGCUGGGCACUGCGUUCCGUUUGAAUUUGUGGACCCCUCUGACCUGGAUUGUUCUUUGUGUAUGAGGCUUUUUUAUGAACCUGUCACCACACCUUGUGGGCACACCUUCUGCCUGAAAUGUCUCGAAAGAUGCCUAGAUCACAAUGCAAAAUGUCCCCUGUGCAAAGAAGGUCUCUCUCAGUGCUUGGCUCUGAGGAAAUAUUGCAAAACGGUACUGAUGGAGGAGUUAAUAGCGAAGUACCUUCCAGAGGAACUCACUGAGAGAAGGAAGAUUUAUGAAGAAGAAAUUGCAGAGCUUUCCAACUUAAAUAAGAAUGUUCCCAUCUUUGUCUGCACAAUGGCCUAUCCUACAGUCCCUUGCCCUCUGCACAUCUUUGAGCCAUGUUAUCGACUGAUGAUUCGAAGAUGCAUGGAGACUGGCACCAAACAAUUUGGAAUGUGUAUUGGUGAUCCUGUCAAGGGGUUUGCUGAUUAUGGCUGCAUUCUGGAGAUAAGAAACGUUGAAUUCUUUGCUGACGGUCGCUCUGUUGUAGACAGCAUUGGCAAGAGGAGGUUUAAGGUGAUAGAGCACAGCCAGCGUGAUGGAUACAACACAGCAGAUAUUGAGUACAUUGAGGAUCAGAAAGUGCAAGGAGAGAACUAUGCGGAGUUACUUGUUCUACAUGAUUCUGUAUAUGAUCAGGCUUAUAUGUGGUUUAACUCACUCAAACAACCACUCAAGAGUCGAAUUCUCAGUCAUUUCGGUCCAAUGCCAGCUAAGGAUCCUGACCCACAGGCUAGCCCCAAUGGCCCUGCGUGGUGCUGGUGGGUCCUUGCUGUCCUUCCCCUUGAGAGUAGAGCUCAGCUCCCGUUUCUUGCCAUGAAAUCUAUGAAAGACCGCUUGAAUGGCAUCAGACGAGUCCUUACAUUUAUGUCCCGUACAAGGUCACGAUGAUGCUGAGAACGAGCUGUGAAGCCUCUUGCAAUACUUGACUGUGGAGUUUCUCUUGUAACUAUAUCUAACUGCAAUAAUGUCUUACGGAUUUGGGUGUCAAAACAGGACAAGUUUGAAGUCUAACUUUCAAAGGAAAUAAAAUAUAAAGAGCCAAGGAUAUUUACAGAUCACUCAGUAGUAUCCAUUUGGAUCUCUGAACUUUCUUGAGAUGAGUAUUCAAUUGCUGCACUGCUAGGCUAGUAUCAUCGGUAUUAUAUAACAGAACAAAGUGAUCUUGUUUGCCAUAAACUUUUUGAAAGUUUGAGGUGGGUUUUUUUUUUGUAGUAGUAGAUAAAUGAAAUCUGUGCAGUUAAUGUGAAACAGAAAUACUGAUAGUGUUAAAGCAUUAUUUCAAUGAACUGCAAAGUCUUUUAUUCCAAAUGGUUCAGGUUUAUAUAGCAUUGUAUAUUAUAAUGUCCACAACUUCUGUUUGAUCUUUUAUUUUUGCACUACUAUGUCUUUUUUUGGUUUCCAGAUGUAUAUUGUAAUUAUUUAUGUGUACAUUCUCUACACGGAAAGUAAGCUGCUCUAUUUAUUUAUGGUGUCUUACCAUGUAUGAAUGACUAGGAGAAAAGAGAUUAGGAAUACACAAGCUACUACUUCGAUCAUUUUUCAAUACAUUUGUGUUUGAGUACUUUGAAUGUUUUUCUACUAUCUCCAGUGUUCUAUAUUCUAAGAAGGAUUGCCCCCAACACAGCUAGCCAUGAAAAUGCAGGCUUUGUCUGAAAUAAUUCAGUCAGUUGCUGGGUAGAGCUUGAUCCUACAAUCUUAACUUGGCCCCAAGUCAAGCAAAGCCCUUCAGUAUAUACUAAAGUGUUUUGUUGAUUUGGGGCUUUGGGUAACAAACUUCAGUGGGGUUUGCCCAGAGAGAUGACUGAAGGAUCCAGCCAUUAAUUUUGCACAGAUAUAAAGAGUAGCACGAUGCAGCAGCUUGCGGUGAAAUGUUGUAUUUGAAUUGCUGCGAGUAUCACAGCUACCUACAAACACAAGGCAGGAGCUGAUUGGUGUGAGAAGCAACCUUUCACAAAAGAGACCUAGAGAGAGGGAUUAUUUCACUUCAGGUUAUUAGAGAGACUCUUUAUAUCAACCCUGUUAAAUGUUAAGAUCCUGUUAUGUUUGUAAUUAAUAUUAUGAUUUGAUUUGCUAUGAAGGGCUCCAGGAGGGCUCAUGAGAAGGAAGGUAUUUUAAUAAACUUUCUAUUUAUUCCACCUCAACCUCCGGGUUUUUCCAUUAGCCACAAGUCUCUACCUGAUCUCUGCGUGUCUCCUGUCAGACACUGUGAGCCGCUUGAUAGCUAAUGGUUAAAACCCUAAAAGCAAAUGAAAAUUGGGCUUCACUUCACUUUUUCUGCAUCUUUUGUUCUGUGUAACAUUUUGGACCUGAUCUUGCUUCCAUUAAAGUCAGUUGGAGUUCUAUCAUUGACUUACGUGGGAGCAAGCGUAGGUCUUUGUAUCUAAACUAUGGAUUUCCCUCUUCAGAGAGCAAGUAGGAUGAAUGAAAAUUCAUGAUAUUGCCUGGAAUAGUAUUUAUUUCAUACCCUUCUGGAAAAGCCCUGUAGAAUUUAAUAGAAUAUUGUCAUCUUUCCAUAGGUUUUUAAAAUCAUUUUAGUUCGAGAUAAUUUAUUUCAGUUCUAUAGUUUUUUAGAGUAAUUUAUGAACCCUGUUAAGUUUCUGUAGAAUGUAGUUUGUUUCAGCCCUAUUAAAUUCUAUGGCACUCUUCUGUAAGUGCCAUAGAAACAAAUUGUCACACGUUUCAGUUUUCCAUCUAAUGACGCAGAUUGAAAGUGUAUUUUGUGUUUUUUGCUUUAGCUACUUUGUAAAUACUACAGGAAACUCAUUUCAAUGCUGUUAGAUUGCCACACUUUUCUGUGGAUGGUCCUGUGCCUGUUUGAGAAUCAUACACAGUAUAGGGCUUCUGUUCUUGGCUUAUUAAUUUCAUUGUUUGGCAUUUGUUUUGAGUUCUAUGAAGAUAUCCAAAAAUGGGGCUUUUCUCUUUGUAUAUACACUUAGUACUGUUUCAAACAGCAUUACCUUAAAGGACAUUAGGGAACCUUUAGUGUGAAUCAGCCAGGUCUAUGCAGACCAAUUAAUGUGCAAUAUGCUAGUGAACUUCAGAAAUCACACAUCCCUAGUUCAUAUUACUGCUCUGUGUUCGCAAGCCAGUGAGCAGGGACAUCACCUAUAUAAACAAACUGCAC